AUGGUGUUUUUGACCUAUUUUUUUAGUAACAACAAGAAAGGCUUAAAUUAUAAACAAAAUGAUGAAGAAGUAAUAUAAUUUAAUAUUUAGAUUUGGGUUUAUGAUUUAGUUUAUGAACAUCUUACAUCCCCAAUCUGGAAAAUAGCAAUUAUGGAAUUUAUAGAUGAGAAUUGCAUUAUAUUUGAUGAUGAAGAUCAAUACACACCAGAAUAAGAAUAGAAAUUCCAAUAAUUUAAAGAAUUAAUAUCUUCUUAAUUUGAUAAUAUGUUAAAUGAAUAUGGAUUAACCAAUGAACUAUUGACUAAAUAAAUUAUAAUCGGAUUGGCACAUCCCUAACAUAAGAAUAUAUUCUAGCAGAUAAUAGCAAUAAAUGAUUAUAAGAUUUUCAGAAAAUAAAUGAUAAAUAGAAAUAAAGAAUUAGAGUUAGAAGCAUUAGAAGAACUAGAAAAAUAAGAUAGAAUUUUAAUAUAAUAAUAAUAACAAAAAAUGAAUAUUUAGUAAUGAAUAAAUAUAAUAUUACUUAAGAUAGCCAGCACAAGAAUUUGAUUAACAAUUUGAAUUAAAACGAUUAUAAAUAGAAAAAGAAAAAACUGAAUUAGAAUUAGCUAUUGAAUUGUCAAAAAAAGCAGAAGAAGAAUAGAAGCGUCUUAUGGAAACAUAAAAUGAUGAAUUCCUUAAAAAGAUACUCGAACAAAGUUUAUUAGAAUUUAAGUAAAUAUAUUCAUAAAAUAAUUUAAGUGAAUUAUAAAAGAAAUUGGAAAAUGUUUAAAAAAGAGAAUCAGAACUCAAAUCAUAACCUCAAUAUAGAUAAUCAGAAAUCUUCAAAUCUAUCAAAAAUGUCAAAUAUCCAUCAUUUACAAGUUAUACUUAAAGACAAGAAGAAAGAUAUAAUUAGAAUAACUUAAAUUAAGAUCAAGAACAAUUUGAUAGUCAUAUACUUCAUUAAUAGGACUUUCAAAAUUAAAAUCAUUAACCUUAAUUAAUAAGAGAUUAUUCAUUUAAACCUCCAGUAAUUGAGAGAGUAAGUUCAGAAUUGUUAGAAGAGAGUGCUAUAUUAUCUAAUGAGGCAAUGCAUGAUUAAAAAUUAAAAAUGCAAUAAUAAAAAGAUAUUAUCAUAAAAAAGAAAAAUGAAAUAAAUAAAUCAGAAUUACUUAAAUUUGAAUAGGAUAAGAAACCUGUUGCAAUUCAUAAGGUAAUAUGUUAUUUAAAUUAUUUUAUAGACUUAUUAUUAAUAGAAGUGAU